UUCCAUCCACACAAACACAAACCAAUUAGUGAAUAACUUAAUAUCACCAAAAACCCAAGAACCCAACAAUGGUGAAACAAGAAGAAGUGAUUCUACUGGAUUUCUGGGCAAGCAUGUAUGGAAUGAGGGUCAGGAUAGCCCUUGCUGAAAAAGGUGUUUCAUAUGAGUACAGAGAAGAGAAUUUGAGGAACAAGAGUCAGCUUCUCGAGGAGAUGAACCCAAUUCACAAGAAAAUUCCGGUCCUCCUUCACAAUGGCAAACCGAUCUGCGAGUCCAGCAUCAUCGUUGAGUAUAUUGAUGAAGAGUGGAAAGAUACAGCUCCAUUGUUUCCUUCUGACACCUACGGCAAAGCUCGUGCCAGGUUUUGGGUCGAUUUUAUUGACAAGAAGGUGUACCACAAUGGGAGGAUAUUGUUGUACACAGCAAAAGCGGAAGAACAUGAGGCAUCCAGGAAAGAGUUCAUAGAUUCCCUUAAACUAAUUGAAGGAGAGCUUGGAGACAAACCUUACUUUGGUGGUGACAGUUUCGGCUACGUUGAUGCGGCUUUGAUCCCGUUUUAUGCAUGGCUUCAUGCGUAUGAAACAUAUGGGGAAUUGAACGUUGAACAAGACUGCCCAAUACUGAUUGGUUGGGCUAAAAGGUGCUUUCAGAACAAGGGGAGUGUGUCUAAUGUUCUUCCUGAGUCGCUAAAGGUCCUUGCCUUCGUUCAGCAGAUGAGGAAGAGGCUUGGACUUGAUGUGUAGAAGUUUGAGGUAUCAAAGCCCAUUUGUUGUUUUACUUUGGAUGUACUCGAUCUAUGUUGUGUUUGACUUUUAUAAAUAAAGUUGUAUUUUCGAUUUUGAAUUGGAAAGACUGAUUGAUGUGUUGGGCUAUAAAAAUGACC